AUGACUGCAUCUUUCGUUGAUAGACAUGCUAGCGAUGAUGGUGGUUUAAAUGUGCCUAACGGUAAUGGUGAUGAAAGAAAAGUUCUAGGAAUGUUAUUAGGAGCAGGGUAUAACAUUAAUCAAAUUAUAGGAGCUG